AUGGUUGGUCGUAUCAUAUACGAACACGUGGUUGACAACCGUCUUAGAUUAAUGGCUGUGAACAAUAUUACAUUCAUUGAAGAUCUUGACAUACAGAAGGAUGAUUUCACUGUGAAGGAUUUUAAGAGUUCCAUUUUUAGUUUCUCAUUUGUGAUAUUUGCAAAUCUUAUAUCCAAAAGUAUCCCAGAACAUACAGCAGUCGAUAUAAUUGGUGAAGUUAUUGUUUGUGAGACAAUGGUGACUGUUCCGGAUAACAAUGGAAAAGCCAAGAGAAGGAUGCAGGAUGCGUUCGCUCAGACAUUGAAUGAUUAUGUUUCUACUAACAAGGACAAGGGGAUUGUUAUUAUUGUUAUUCAGUUUGCAAUGGUCAAAAUUUAUAGAGAAAGACCAUUUCUUUCUAACUCAUUCAAUGGUACGAGGUUGUUCAUCAAUUCGGACAUUGGUGAAAUCAAGGAUUUUAAGAAAAGUUUGAUUCGGGAAAGUGGCGAAUCUAAAUCGUCACAACAGAUUUCAAUGCUCUCUGGAUUGUCUUAUUCAUAUCAUGAAUAUUUUCUAGACAGAACCAGUAGAGCAAACAUUGUUGAAAUCAGUGAGACUGUUGAGGCAAAAUCACUAAUUGUAUUAGGAACGGUGAAAGUAUUUAGGAAGGAUCUCCCUUGGUUUUACAUGGGUUGCACGAGGUGUAACCGCAAGGUUCGACCCAUGUACACUAUAACUGACAAGGAUGAUGGAUCAGCUAUGAAAGAAKAGAGUGAAAGUUUUGAAUGUACGACUGACAGAUGCAAAGGUAAAAAGACAGAGGUGUUGCCAAAAAUUUCUUUGAGAGUUCAGGAUGAUACUGGAAUUGUAUCAUUGACAUUAUUUGAUCGAGAAGCUAAUAAAGUUUUGAAUCAAACGGCAACAGAGUUGUAUGAAAAAGUUAAAGAGAGUGCUGAUUUAGAUAUGUUUCCGGAUGACUUGUGUUAA